AUGACAACGAAUCAUAGACCAACACUAAUAAGUAAAAAAGGUAAAAACAUUAAAAUAAGAGAUCUGAUAAAACAUGCAAGAUCAUUCCCACAACAACCUGGUUUAAAAUUUAGAAAAAAUUUACAAGGUAUACCUAUUGAAAUUUUAAAUAAUGCUGUUAAUGAAUUGAAAGCUGAACAAGACAAAUCAAAACUGGAGGAUAAUGAUGAUAAGAAAGUCGAUGAUGUUGUUGCUAAAUUCAUGGCCAAUAAAAAAAUUAAUGAUCAGAAGAAUAUUCAAUCUAGGAUACUACCCCCAGCUAAAAUUAUUACGAAUGAAGUGCUAGAUAAUGGCGAGGAUAAGACAAAGAGUAAUAACAAUGAAAACGAAUAUGAUAACAACAAUGACAAUAACGACAAGACUGAUAACGAUAAUAACGACGAAAUACUCCCAAAUAAUGAAGAUUCAAAUAUAGCAAAGCCUAGUAGACGACUAAUAGAGUAUGAUUCAUCAAGCUCAGAAGAAGAAGAAGAAGAAGAAGAAGAAGAUAAAGAUGAAGAGAGCUCAAAAGAAAAAAAUAAGAACCUAAUAGAAGUUGUAGACUUAGAAGCAGUCGAGGAUACAAUCAAUAAGGAAGAAGAAUCUCAUUCAGUAAAUGAGUCCAAAACUACAAUUUCAAAUAGUAAUGCUAAAAAUGAUGAGGCAAUAUCAGAAGAGUCAACAUCGGAAGAAGACGACGAAGAAGAAACAGCAGAAUUAUUAGCAGAAUUAAACAGAUUAAAACAACUAAAAAGUCAAAAUCAACAACAACGACAUCAACAACAACAACCAAAUCAAAAACCGUUGCUCGAUAAUGUACUAUCUGACUUACAAACUGCAACAACUAAGAAGAAAAAUUGGAGAUCAUCACCUUUGAAAACUAAUAAAGUGACUAAUGCAAGACAAGUAGUUACUGAUUCUAAUUCUAAUCAAAAAUUCUUAUCUGAAUACAUUAAAUAA